GUGAUUGGAGCACAUCAUGUAUCUGAGAACCACUGGACGUCUUCUAUGUGGGAAUCCUUCUACAGGAUCUUCCCUCCUGCCCAGCGGAGCGAGAUCAUCGACUACCUGUACCAUGGCUGGCACAAAGAUCCUGUCCACAAUGUUGUCCAAGUCCUGGAAAAGCAGUAUUUUGGAGGAGAAGAGAAAUGCUCUGGAAGAACAGCGGCUCAUGUAUGAGAGAGAGCUGGAACAGCUACGACAGCAGCUAUCCCCAGAAAAACAACACCAGCACAGCAACGAACGCCUCUCCUACACCUCUCAAACAGUACAGCAGAAGAUGAACAUGUGGGCAGAGGAGAGGGAUGAGCUAUUUCGGCAGAGCCUUUCUAAGCUCAGGGAACAGAUUGUGAAGGCCAACACUUUAGUGAGAGAAUCUAACUUUUUAGCAGAAGAAAUGAGCAAAAAUACAGACUAUCAGGUCACACUUCAAAUCCCAGCAGUCAAUCUCAGCGCCAACCGAAAGAGAGGAGCAAUAGUGAGUGAGCCAGCUAUUCAAGUGAGGAGAAAAUGUAAAGGUACCCAAGUGUGGAGCAUUGAGAAGCUGGAGAACAAGCUCAUUGACAUGAGAGAAGCUUACCAGGAAUGGAAAGAAAGACCACUCCAGAAUAAAAAAAUCACAUAUAAAAAGGGGGAUCCAUUUUAUGAAGCACAAGAAAAUCACAAUCUUAUUGGAGUGGCUAAUGUGUUUCUAGAGUGUCUCUUCUAUGAUGUUAAACUUCAAUAUGCAGUGCCUAUCAUUAGCCAGCAGGGGGAGGUUGCAGGACGGCUUCAUGUUGAAGUGAUGCGGGUUACGGGUGUGGUUCCUGAGUGUGUAGUGGGUGAUGACUCUUCAGAAAAUUCCAGCGAAAGUGGUAGUUUUGAAAUCAUUGACAACAGUGGUGAAAUAAUCUACAGGCCCAAAAAGUUGACCUGCCGAGUGAAAAUAAAAGACGCUACAGGCCUUCCCUUGAAUCUGUCAAACUUUGUAUUCUGUCAGUACACUUUCUGGGAUCAGUCAGAACCUACAGUAGCACCACCCUUGGUCAAUCCUGACAUGCCUUCACCAAGAAGUAAAGAUGCUCAGUUUACUGUAAAAUUUGCACAUUCCAAGGAUUAUGUGAUUAGCAUUACAGAAGAAUUUUUGGAGUUCAUCUCUGAGGGUGCCCUUGCAAUAGAAGUUUGGGGUCACAGAUGUGCUGGAAACGGAAGAUCUGUGUGGGAAAUUGACUCUCUCCAUGCUAAAUCUCGAACUCUGCGAGAUAGGUGGAAUGAAGUAACAAGAAGGAUUGAAUUGUGGAUAUCCAUUCAUGAGUUAAAUGAGAAUGGGGAAUAUACAUCUGUGGAACUGCAUCAAGCAAAGGAUGUGAAUACAGGUGGUGUAUUCCAACUCAGACAGGGUCACUCUCGGCGAGUUCAGGUGACUGUGAAUCCUGUGCAGAAUUCCGGCACAUUGCCUCUCAUGGUUGAAGCCAUUCUCUCUGUUUCAAUUGGCUGUAUCACAGCUCGUUCAACCAAGUUACAGAAGGGACUGGACAGUUAUCAGAAAGAUGAUGAUGGUGGUGAUGAUAUGGAUAGUUACCAGGAGGAGGACCUGAACUGUGUGCGUGAAAGGUGGUCAGAUGCACUAAUUAAACGCAAGGAAUACUUGGAUGAACAAAUACAGAAAAUCAUCAACAAGCAAGAAAAAACAGAAGAUGAUAUUGAGCGGGAAGCACGACUGGUUGAGCAGUGGGUGGGUCUUACAGAAGAGAGGAAUGCAGUUCUUGUACCAGCACCAGGAAGUGACAUACCUGGAGCUCCAGCCAACUGGAUUCCUCCAGCUGGAAUGGAGACACAUAUCCCUGUCCUUUUUCUAGAUCUUAAUGCUGAUGAUCUCAGUGCCAAUGAGCAGCUUGUGGGUUCACACGCAGCAGGUGUUAAUUCUAUAUUACCAAAGGAGCAUGGGAGCCAGUUUUACUACCUGCCAAUCAUCAAGCACAGUGAUGAAGAGGUUUCAGCCACUGCUUCCUGGGACUCUGCAAUCCAUGAC